AAAUUGAUCCCUUCAAGUCAUCACUGACGCGCAAUGGAUCUGUCCUUCCACGACAGCAAUAUAGGAUCCGAUGUCCACCGACGAUUGGGCAGCAUCAAGGCCCGAGUAGGACAGCAACCUGCAGCCUCGCAUCAGCUGAAACAGAUGCCUGGCAGGUCACCUGCUAAGGCCGCUUCUCGGCCCUUUUCUCAACCUCCCAUCUGCUCAAUCCCGUCAAUCGAACAUAUAUGCGACAAAGAACACGGUGACCCUUCUAACCCAGCUUGGUUCCGCUAUUUCACAAAACAGGCAAACCCCAUUGACGAGUUUCGGCGCGCGCUUAUGUCCGAGGCGUGUUCGUCCCUGUCUCCCUCAUGUCACACCCACUGGUGGCAGCAGUGUGGGAACAAUUGGGACGUCGAGACCUAGCCAACAUCCUCCGCGAGAUUAUCGGCCAACAUGCCGUCGAUAUCGCCGUUCUCCAGGCUCAAGAUGAUCAGGCGUCCAAAAUUGAGCCGCUGACUCGGUCGGUGUUCUGGAUUAAAACCAUCUUUGACGCGCAGCGCACCCGUUUACAGGAAUUGGUGACAACGCACGACGCGCCGACUAGCAAUCACUCGCCUUACCUACUGCCAUCAGACGCGAUCUUCUCCACUUUGAUGUACCUGGUCCAAGUCAAAUCGAAACUGUUUCCGUGUAAUAAACCGGUUGCACCGGGUCUCAUGUGCUAUCGGCACUUCAUCGCCCAUACGUUGUUGGCAGGGAUCCGAUUGCUUGUCCUUCGUGGUGAUGAUAUAUCGGCCGAGGAUAAAUUCAACCUGGAGCGUGCAAUGGCGGCGGCGUGGCAGCAUCCAGAUCUAACGGGUGCCGAGCUGUUUUUAAUCAACGAUCUGCUACCCCGCGCGGUAUAUAGUACGGGGUCGUUGGAGUUUUCGGGUUUCCGCAUGGCUCACCUUACACAGGACGGGAAGAACCCGCCCGUCAUUCCAGGACUGGAGCGGUUGGAUGGAAAUCCGGAGUCACUGAUCACCGACCUCCUCACAGCACUUAUCAGAAACAAAGCCGCCACCCUCGCACCGUUCUGUUGGUUGUACGAUAUAUUAUGCUCCGCAGAGUCGGGCCUCAUCCAGUGUCAUAUUAACUGGCGUCGCACGUCGCAGCUGGAGGGACCUUCCAGCCCUGCAGCGGACACCAUAGACGAUACACUGGAUCAAGCACGCAACACCCGGACAAAACUGGUCCGGACGGUCUUAGCCGCAUUUGAUGACGAGUUCGAAGUCCCUUCUCUCCAAGUACUGUCCACGGUCAUUUUGAGCCAGAGUGCCGACGACCACCCUCCCCUACAGACCCGGAGGAUUCGAGAUAACUGGGCGCGUCUUGCGCCCAUGAGGGAGUUCUGGGAAGCAUCACUGGGGCAUCUUAUCCGAUGGUUGAUCAAUCGCCGAGUCCAGACGUGGGAUUCCAACGGAGAACUCGAUGCGAACAACCACGACUACCAAGCCCAUCUGGCAGAAUGGCUCCAGGCGUCCCCGCUCCCGGGGGCUAACCCUCUGACCGAGACGCGUGCCGACAGUGUCUAUAUGGUUGACUGCCCCGCGGGUCACGCAGUUCCCAGGAAAUUCUUGGACGAACGAGUAAGGUCGUCCGACCCAUGUGCUUAUGAGGUAUGAGCGCUCUCAUAUCUGAAAUUUGCAUCUGUCAGCUUCCCUCGAGCGCGAGCAGAAACGAUGCGACGAAUCCACGCUCACUUUAUACCAGAGGCUACAGGAUAACCCGCUUUCUAUGUCCAUUGAUUGUAUAUGUCCUUUCUGCCCGGGAAAUGUUAAAAUACAGCAUAUCCGCCUGAUUGAACCACCCGAACACCCGUCGAACGUCAUGCAAGGUUUGAUUCAACCUGACCCAAAGCGACGCUACUCUUUCCCCGACUCGCUCUCGCAGAAAACCACCUCUGCCUCAAGCUCCCUAAGCCACUCCACGAGUAAGUCCUCCGCCCGCCUUGGCUCGGGAGAUUCCUUGAAGAGCCCCAUUUCGCCGGCAUCGUACUCCGGAUUCUACGACAUGGCACCCAAACCAGCCGCUCCAGAGUUCAUGAGUCCCCUUUGGGUGAACAAUAAAUCUAUCCCGACACAAGUGAAGAAGACGAAUAGAUCAUUCUCCAGAGAUUUCAAGGGUGUGAAGUUAUCGUUAUCUAGUGGGGCAUCUUUGUUUAGAAGAUCAUAGAGACAUACAAUGCUGUGGGGUCC